AUGUCUCCGUCGCCUGCCGACUAUCCUGGAAACUAUCCGCAUUCGCUACAGGAUCACUCGCAUUACUCAGCACAGCAGAUCGCCUUGCACCACACCCAGGACCACCUACUCCCGCAGCAGUCUCCGUCCCCGACCAUACCCAUUGAUCCCACGCUUUCCCUCUAUCCUCCACACUUCUACCAGUACCAACACUCACAACAUCACAUGCCUCCGCCGCCACUUGCCCUGUCUGCCAGUCUUUCCUCCCCUUCGUCCCAGUCGGAAACGGUGGCUACUCCCCCUAAUGACCACAUGUCUAUUGCGUCUGCGAGUUCAAACGGUAAGCGUCCGGCGCCAACCUCGUCCGUCGAUAGUCGGAAGAAGGCGAGGAAGGAUGACGAUGCCGAAAGCAUUGUUAGUCCGACCAACGAAAAGGGCGAGGAGCCGAAAACGAAGCCCACGCGUGGAUCCCGAGCAUGUACGGUAUGUAGGCGCCUCAAGAUGAAGUGUGUGGGCGCGGAAAAUGGUCCGCCGUGCAAGCGCUGCCAGGCCGGCAAUCACGAAUGUAUUUUUGAAGAAUCCAAUCGGGGGAAGCGUUCCACCAAAAAACAUGAAGUGCUCACGCGCUCCCUGCGCAAGAUGGAGCGCACCUUAGACACCAUCUUCCGCUCGUUGGGUACACCGGGAGAUGUCAUUUCGCGAUCACCCUCUCCUACCCUCCCGGUACAGCCUACGCAUCCCCUCCUCGCCACGCCAUCCCCUCCCCCAUCCCCUGGUCCCUCACUGGAAUCACAUCCGAAUGGGCGUGGUUCAUCCGAACAUCACCGACCCAUGUCGCCCAAACUUCCUCAAUUACCGGACGAUUCGCUCAACCCGCUGGGAUUGCUCGCAGAAGCAAGCCUCGCGAAUCGUCGUGCGCAAGCGGGGAACAAGUCUGAUCACUCAUCUGUCUUGUAUUCGAGGUCGACCGAGCCGUCAAGAAUGGGCGUCGCUAGCGACGUAUAUUUUAAGCCUGGCCCUAUGACUAUUUUGCCUCUGCGCCGUUUGUACAUUGAACGGCAGAUUCAGCCGGAAAUGCUCAGCUUCGUAUCUACAGAAGAGGUUGUGGCGCUUUUCAAAAUCUACUUUGAUCACAUGAACAUGCAUUGCGGCAUUCUCGACCCCGACUUCCACACACCGGCUCUAGUCUGCUCGCGAUCACCCUUCCUUCUAACGACCAUCUGUGCCAUUGCGUCGCGUUUCUACCCCGAGCGCGCGGAACUGCACACCAGACUUUCCGAGCUGACGAAGAAGCUGGCCUUCAAUGUUCCUGCCAAGGGCUACAAGUCUGUUGAGAUUGUCCAAGCGUACCUCCUGAAUACAUACUGGGGAUGUGGUCCAGUUGAGCGCUUCGAACAAGACAGGACCUGGCUUAUGCUUGGGAUGGCGAUCAGAAUGGCGACGGACCUGAACUUGCAUCGACGUACCGUGUCGACUGGACACGAGACAGACGAGGGUCGGCCGCGCGACAUGGAAGUGCACAACCGUGAGCGGACGUGGAUCGCGUGCUUCUGCGCCGACCGGAGCUUUAGUGCACAGAUGGGCAAGCCGAACACUAUCAAGGAAGAUUUCGUCAUCCGGAACGCGUCGAAGUGGUCGCGCUCGCCAGUAGCCAUUCCGGCUGACUUCGCGUUGGCUGGUUAUGCGGAUUUGUUACGUAUCGUGACUCGCAGUCUUGACUUGCUGUACUCCGGCAUGAGUACGUCGUCGGGGCUCCAGCAGGAUUGUGACUACUUGCUUGUAAUCCAGACCAUGGAAGCGCAGAUUCUUGCCUGGCAACAUGAAUGGUGCAAGCCCAUUUUCCCAGAAGAGCGCACCCGGCGGUGCGCGUAUACCCUGGCGCGAUUUUACUUUCACUACGCCAUGCUCACGAUCAACUCGUUUGGGCUGCAAAACGCGUUGCAGCGAUCUCCGGUGGACAUUGGCCAUUUUUUUGCCCGAUGCCAUUCGUCCGCAGUGGGCUGCAUGAAUGUGAUCCGCGACGAGCUCGGGCCUCUGGGUUCAUUGAAGUACUCGCCGGAUUCGCACUUCGUACAGGGCGCGUAUGCUGUGCUCAGUCUACUCAGGCUCCUUCGACCCGAGUUCAAGGUCUUCCUCGAACACGAGCAAAAGACGAUCGACCUGGUCACUGACAUAGCGAACAUUUACGACAGUGUCGCCGUUGGCCCUUUGCACACCCCUGCAUUGUACAGCUGCUUCCUUCGGGCCCUCAUCAACGCACGGACGAAGCCUGCAGCGUCAGCCGAUGCUGAUAACGAAACCCCAGAGUUCGCAGCCCCCGCCGUCGAGGAGAUGCCAGUGUCCCCGUCUGUGAACGCGCAACCGACAGGCCUCGCCUCCGGCAGCGACGCACUGCAGGGAUUCUUCUCGACGAGCGAGAUGGGCCCGGUGGCGGACAUAUCGACGUUCCCGCCGACGAUGGCGCCGGGGCCGUCCACGAUGGACAUGAGCAUGCUGUCGAUGGACAGCAUCCUGAGCGCGGACUUCUGGGACAGCGUUCUCGUGCCAGGGUCGAGCAACUCGAUGGAGAGCCUGAGUAACGGCUUUGUUUAUGGCGCGGGCGGCACGGGGCUUAUCACGCCGCGGAUGUGGAUGUCCCCCGUCCCGUCCUCUGCGAACUCCCCCCAUGCGCGUGGGGGCGACGUUGGACACGGGAUAGAGUAUGCACAGGACAAGGCUGGUGCUCCGUUUGAGGUGGCUCGGGCAUAG